AUUCAUCUUGUUCUCUGGCCGUGGAGAACAUUUGGUUCUUGUAGUCUUAGAUAAGAGAAACGGGGAUUUUCAAAUACGAAGCGUGAGUAGAUUGAAUCUGUGAUCAUUCAAUAUGAAGAACCAAUUUAUAGAUCAUGUCAUUGGAAUUCCAGUUAGCUCAGUAUCUUAUACAUUUGAAAAAACAGCAGAGAAUUCUACUAUUGUAUCAGAAACUGCUAGCCCAUAUUUUAUCUCCACUCCUUCAAAGGAGUCUCCCAGAUCUAAUCAAUAUAGAGUCGACACACUGAUAGAAUGGAUCAACAAGCUAGGAAAAAAAGCUGACAGUUUCACACAUGGAGUUCGUGAGCAUGUUAAAUUGGGGCCCAAGGUAUCUGCAACUGUGAAGGGGAAGUUGAGGUUGGGUGUCAGAAUUCUUCGAGAAGGUGGUGUUGAGAAGUUAUUUAAUCAGAUCUUCAGUGUUGGAGAAGGAGAGAAGCUAUUGAAUGCUUCCCAAUGUUAUUUGUCAACAACAGCUGGUCCUAUUGCAGGGCUCCUCUUUAUCUCCACUGAAAAUAUUGCAUUCUGCAGUGAGAGAUCUCUUACAUUCACUCUGCCAACACAAGAGUUGAUUAAAACACCUUACAAGGUCAUGAUUCCAUUAAAGAAGAUAAAGGGAGCCAACCAAAGUGAAAAUGUGAACAAUCCCCACCAGAAGUACAUACAAGUAGUUACUGUGGAUAAAUUUGAGUUCUGGUUUAUGGGUUUUCUAAAUUAUCAGAAAGCUUUCAAGUAUAUUCAACAGGCCAUCUCUCAAUCUUAAUUGACUCAGUUCUCUGUCAUUAUAACAAGAGAAUUGAUUUUUCCUCUCAGGACUUCAGCAAAGGUUAAAGCAUCAUGUAUGUAUUUCUUGAUGCUGGUAAUGGGUGACAACCUUCAGGGGUGUGAUGAAGUUAUCUUAAGGGGUCUCCAAGGCAAUGGUGAUUCUUUGUGCAAGUCUGGACUGAUCUUUCAGUGCCACAUCACGAAAUUUUCUAAGGAAAAUUCGAUGAGAACUCCUGAAAUUCAAGUGCGCUGAAUAUAAGAUUUGAUAUGCUAAAGAAAGAUGGAAUUGAUCAGCUCUCUAUUCUCACGAGAAGAAGUUCAAGCAAUAUAAAGCACGCCCAUGAGAGAUGGAAACACAGAAGAUAAACUUAUCUAAACCUCAUGAUCCGAUAUGUGAGAGGAGAAGGUCAUAUGAAAGCUACUCUCAAUGCAUGGUGCAAUUGCUUACUCUGGCUCUGGCAUUUCUUGAAGGUUCACAAUGAAGCUAGUCUCAAAAUUCCAGAAUCCAAACCCACAUCAUAGCAUCUGUAAGGCAUGAAGAUUUCAGAAGGUUUUCAAUUCCCAACUAGAGAAACAACAUAUGGUUCUCAAUAAGUGCAAAAGAGAAUGGAGGUCCAAUUCCAAAUAAUAUGUGCAUUCUCCAUACAAAUGAUGGUUAUUAUUGGCUGCAAAGGGAAGAGAUCAGCUAUGUUUCACAGAGACUUGGGCAGACACAGAGGCUUGAUGAGAUGGAAUCGUCAUACGAAUUUAAUAGUAAAGAAGGCCAAGUUGAGUUCAGCGAUUUAGCUUUGAUCAAAGCCUUGAUUUAAGAACCAUCAAGAAUCCAUCCUGUAUAUUAUUCCAGGAAACACCUCUCAUUGUCGUUUCUCUUCUUGUAAAUGCUAACUUUGUUCACAUCAAUUCAUGUAUAGUUUUUUAUGUUUACGUUAAUGAAAAUGAUAUCUAUACAAAACACAGAAAGUGUUUUGGAUCUUUGGAUGUAA